AUGGCCAAAAAGAGCUGGGGCACGAGCGACAAGGUGCAGGAGGCCAGGGAGCGCAAGAACAGCUCCAAGAAGGAGGCAGCUGAGGCAGAGGCCAAGCAGAAGGAGGAGGCGUACUGGAGCCAGCAUGCCAACCCCAAGGGAAGAAAGGACGCCAAGCGCGAGGAGCAGGUGACUGAGGACGCGUACGCGGCAGCAGUGGAGGUGGAGAACACAAACGUCCAGGAGGGGAACGGCGUGAAUGCACGGGGCCUGGAUCAGGCGCUGGAGCAACUGGGGAUUGCCGAGAAGGCACAGGAUAUGCACCCUGAGAGGCGGGCCAAGGCUGCAUGGGAGGCCUACUACGAGGAGCAGCUGGCUGUGCUCAAGGAGGACAAGCCGGGCCUGAGGCUCAUGCAGUACAAGAGCAUGAUAUUCGAGAACUGGCAGCGCAGCCCGCUCAACCCCCGCAACCAGGCUGUCUCCAAGAAAUAG